GAGAACGUUGCUUCCAAUUAUGAAUUUUUUUAAUCAAAUAAAAAUGAAUAUAUUAAUUUCGUCGAUCUUGGCAAUUAUCACUUUGGCUGGAGGGGAAAAAAUCGCCGAGGUCGACGUAGUUAAAAAAUUGCCAGAGAUGCAUGGCGAUAAAUUCUAUUACUUUGGCUUUGGCAGCAAUAUGUUGGCCAAACGAAUCCAUGUGCAGAAUCCAACUGCAGUGAUAAUGGGUCCAGCUCUAUUGAAAGAUUACCGCGUGGACUUUGCCACUCCCAACAAGUUGUGGAUGGGAGCGGGGGCCACCAUUGUGCCCGAUCCGAAAAGCCAAACUUGGGGCACCCUUUGGGAGAUCGAUCUGUCUAAUCUGCCGGACAUAGACAAUCAGGAACGAGUCCAUGUUGGCUGGUACAGACCUCAAACCGUACAAGUGGAGUACAAUAACGAAAAGAUCCCAGCACGGCUUUAUGUAAUAGUAGAUGAGCCGGAGGGUAAUGUACAUGAUAUGCCACCAAAUGAAGUGCCCGAAGAUCGACAACCCUCAAAGACCUAUCUCAAAGUUCUGGUCAAGGGUGCCAUCGAAAGCGGCAUUCCCGAGCAUUAUGUAAAAUGGCUAAAAGGAUUUAAGCACAAUAACCAAACUGUCGCGGAGUUUGAGGAACGUUUUGAGCUGCAAUCUAUGGAGUUAUAAGAAAUAAAACAUCACAUAUUUCCAUAUAUAAUAAAGCAUUGAAAUUUAAA